AAUAUAUUCAUUAUACACAUUCGUGAUAAUAUAAGUAAAGGUGUAAUAUUAGUCCAACACGUACAAAAAUCAUACCUAGUUAACUAUCUGGAUUGUUCAGUUCUCAGUGAUUCGUUCAAAGCUCGUAGAUAGGUAUUAUUGUUUCGGUCAAUACGCAGUUUCAUCGAAAAUUCGCAAGAAUAUCAAUCACUGAAGGAACAUUAUACAACUUUAAUCAUGAUAAAAACGAAAUGUUACUAUUUUUUUUUAACACUUACCCUUGUCAGUAUUUUGCAAAUUUCUGCAGUUGACUGUACUGUUUACGCUGAUUCCUUUACGUAUGAAGUUAGAUUUACUAACUAUAUCUUCCUACUAUGUCCAAGAGAAACUAGGGCUAAUUUAAUUGAAGAAUUUGUUCGUGGAGAACAAACGAUUGGAGAAUUAUCCUAUAUGUUUGCUGUACCAGACAAAGCAGCCCGUCGAUUACAGCAAUCCUUCGAUCGAGAGUUUGAAAUUCGAAACCAGUUAUCGACUCACAUGACUAUUCCUGAGCCACCUAUAUUUAACGAAGUUCCAGAUAUGACUUUAUUGCCAGGUCUUGGAGCUCAAAGGAGAAACAUAGUUAAUAUUGCUAUGCAGACUGUAAUACCUAUAAUGAUAGAAAAUCUAUCAAAUAGAAUUAUGGAUGACAAUUUGUGUCGCUCAUUAGGAUUACUCAGAAGUGUACUAGACCCUGGAUCAUUUAUAACUUCUUAUAAUAUUGAACGCGAGACAUGUAUCGUAACUUCAACAAUAGGCCAAACUGAAAAAAGCAGCAAAUAUAAAAAUAUUGGUGGCGUAAUUCGUCAAAUUCAGAUCAACGAUACCCAUCGAACAGAACCACUUUCUUAUGUGACGGCGUGGUGAUAUAGACCAGUUAUAUCAUAUACAAAAUGAUAUCGUACAUUUUAAUACUUUUUAGGAUCAUAUCAUACUUCAAAUAAUGUUUUAAUGCCGCACUUACAAUACAUAAAAAAAAUAUAUAAUGCACUUCAUAAUAAAUAGU